AUGGAUCCCUUAUUUGCUUCCGGCUCCGACUCCAGGGAUCCCUUAUUUGCUUCCGACUGCGACUCCACGACUCCGACAACAGGCAUCCCUUAUUUGCUUCCCUACUCCACGACUACGUCUCCGACUUCAGGCAUCCCUUAUUUGCUUCCGACUCCGACUCCACGACUCCGACUCCGACUCCAGGGAUCCGAUAUUUGCUUCCGAUUCGACUCCACGACUACGACUCCGACUCCAAGGAUCCGAUAUUUGCUUCCGGCUCCGACUCCAAGAAUCCCUUAUUUGCUUCUGACUCCGACACCGACUCCACGACUACGACUACGACUCCGACUCCAGGGAUCGCAGAUUUGCUUCCGGCUCCGACUCCAGGGAUCCCUUAUUUGCUUCCGUCUCCGACACCGACUCCACGACUACGACUCUGACUCCAAGGAUCCCAUAUUUGCUUCCGGCUCCGACUCCGACUCCACGACUACGACUCCGACUCCAGGGAUCCCAUAUUUGCUUCCGGCUCCGACUCCAGGGAUCCCUUAUUUGCUUCCGACUCCGACACCGACUCCACGACUACGACUACGACUUCAGGGAUCCCAUAUUUGCUUCCGGCUCCGACUCCGACUCUACGACUACGACUCCGACUACAGGUUCCCAUAUUUGCUUCCGGCUCCGACUCCAGGGAUCCCUUAUUUGCUUCCGACUCCGACUCCAGGGAUCCCUUAUUUGCUUCCGGCUCCGACACCAGGCACCCCUCAUGCUUCCGACUCCAUGACUACGACACCGACUCCAGGGAUCCCUUAUUUGCUUCCGACUCCGACUCCGACUCCAGGCAUCCCUUAUUUGCUUCCGACUCCGACUCCACGACUACGACUCCGACUCCAGGGAUCCCUUAUUUGCUUCCGACUCCGACUCCACGACUCCGACUCCACUGAUCCCAUAUUUGCUUCCGGCUCCGACUCCGACUCCACGACUACGACUCCGAAUACAGGGAUCCCAUAUUUGCUUCCGGCUCCGACUCUGACUCCACGACUCCGACUCCGACUCCGACUCCAGGGAUCCCAUAUUUGCUUACGGCUCCGACUCCAGGGAUCCCUUAUUUGCUUCUGGCUCCAACUCAAGGGAUCCCUUAUUUGCUUCCGACUCCACGACUCCGACUCCGACUCCAGGCAUGCCUUAUUUGCUUUCGACUUGGGCUCCGACUCCAGGCAUCCCUUAUUUUCUUCCAGAUCCGACUCCGACUCCACGACUCCGACUCCGACUCCGACUCCAGGGAUCCCUUAUUUGCUUCCAGCUCCGACUCCGACUCCACGACUACGACUCCGACAACAGGGAUCUUUUAUUUGCUUUCGACUCGAACUCCCACUCCAGGCAUCCCUUAUUUGCUUUCGACUCGAACUCCGACUCCAGGAAUCCCUUAUUUGCUUCCUGCUCCGACUCCGACUCCACGACUCCGACUCCGACUCCAGGGAUCCCUUAUUUGCUUCCGACUCCGACUCCGACUCCACGACUACGACUCCGACUCCAGGGAUCCCUUAUUUGCUUUCAUUCCGACUCCGACUCCACGACUACGACUGCGACUCCAGGCAUCGAUUAUUUGCUUCCAGCUCCGACUCCGACUCCACGACUCCGACUCCAGGGAUCCCUGAUUUGCUUCCCACUCCGACUCCACGACUCCGACUCCGACUCCAGGCAUCCCUUAUUUGCUUUCCACUCGAACUCCGUCUCCAGGCAUCCCUUAUUUUCUUCCGACUCCGACUCCACGACUACGACUCCGACUCCAGGGAUCCCUUAUUUGCUUUUGACUCGAACUCCCACUCCAGGCAUCCCUUAUUUGCUUUCGACUCGGACUCCGACUCCAGGGAUCCCUUAUUAGCUUCCGACUCCGACUCCACGACUCCGACUCCAGGGAUCCCUUAUUUGCUUUCGACUCGAACUCCCACUCCAGGCAUUUGCUUUCGACUCGAACUCCCACUCCAGGGAUCCCUUAGUUGCUUCCGACUCCGACUCCGACUCCACAUUCAAGACUCCGAUUCCACAAUUUUUAUUGCUGGUAAUAUCUAUCUAUCUAUCUAUCUAUCUAUCUAUCUAUCUAUCUAUCUAUCUAUCUCAAAUUCUAUCCGCAUUUCUUUCCGUCUUUCUUUCUUUCUUUCUUUCUUUCUUUCUUUCUUUCUUUCUUUUUUCUUUCACACCACGUUUCUUUCUUUCAUUCUUUUCAGACGACUUUUCUUUCUUUCUUUUUCUUUCUUUCUAUGUAGCUAUCAUUUCAUACCAAAAUAUGAAUUAUUCCAUCACUUCUUUCUUGCUAUCUUUUUUCAAUCGUUUGUUUUUUUUUCUUUUUUCUUUCUUUCUUUCUUUCUUUCUUUCUUUCUUUCUUUCUUUCUUUCUUAA